AGGCGACCGGAAGUGUCAGUCCUCCUGCAGUGUGAGGUUCAGUGAAGUUAGAAGUUUUCAGAGAAGAAGAAACAGAAGAAGAUAAACUGAGCAGCACUAAGCAGUCUGAACCUCUCAGAGUUUAAAGUGUUCUCUAAGUUGAGUAGAUGGAGUCCGCGAUGCAGAUAGACGGCAGUGUGAUGGAGGGGGGCGGGCAGAUCCUCAGGGUGUCCGCGGCGCUCAGCUGCAUCACCGGAACCGCCAUCAAAAUAUCCCAAAUCCGAGCCGGCAGGAGCACACCGGGGCUCAGACCACAGCACCUGAGCGGCCUGCAGCUGGUCUCGGAUCUGUGUUCAGGAAAUCUGCAGGGCGCCACCAUCGGAUCCACAGACAUCAGUCUGACUCCAGGAAAGAUCCGGUCUGGAGACCACACAGCUGACACACAGACAGCAGGGAGUGUGUGUCUCCUCAUGCAGGUGGCACUGCCCUGUGCUCUGUUUGCUGACUCAUCCUCACAGCUUUGUCUGAAGGGAGGAACCAAUGCAGAGAUGGCUCCUCAGAUCGACUACACAGUCAAGGUGUUUAAACCAAUUGUGGAGAAGUUUGGCAUCAAUUUUGACUGCGACAUCAGAAUGAGGGGGUACUACCCUAAAGGUGGAGGUGAGGUGAUGGUGACGGUGAACCCUGUCAAAGAACUGCAGCCCGUCAACAUGAUGGAGAGAGGAAACAUCACCAAAAUCUAUGGCCGGACGUUUGUUGCUGGGGUGCUGCCCUUCAAAUUGGCUAAAGACAUGUCGACAGCUGCUGUUCGGACCAUCAGGAAGGAAAUCAAAGAGCUGUACGUCAACAUCCAGUCACUGCAGGAGAAAGACAAAGCCUAUGGCAGCGGCAAUGGCAUCAUAAUCAUCGCUGAGUCGUCCACAGGUUGUGUGUUUGCAGGGUCCGCUCUAGGAAAGAAAGGUGUGUAUGCAGAUAAAGUGGGUAUGGAAGCUGCAGAGAUGUUGCUCAGAAACAUUCGAAAUAACGGCUGUGUGGACGAGUUCCUGCAGGAUCAGCUUAUCAUCUUCAUGGCAUUAGCAAAGGGAAAGUCUCGGAUUCGAACCGGCCCAGUGACGCUGCACACACAGACUGCCAUCCAUGUGGCGGAGCAGCUGACUCAGGCAAAGUUCACGAUCACAAAGUGUGAAGACGAGCUGAGCACCAACGAAACCUACAUCAUAGAGUGUGAAGGAUCAGGAGUUACAAACCCCCACCUGUAGCAAUCUCUCACAUACACUCACAUACACACUCUGUCGCCCUCUAUCUCUCUCUGUGGACCCUGUAGAUGCUCUGUCAUGGCCGUCUCUCAGCUUCUCUUACAGGGUGUUUCUUGAUUCUUCGAUGCUUGAAUAAAGAAAUAAAACCGCG